UGGUGCCCAAAGUGCUGAUUCCUCCGGAGGCAGGAGAUGCUGUGACAUCCACUGCUCUCCUCCCACAUGACGCGCAGGUGGAUGUGCUGGAGCGCCUCGACUUCGUGUUGAGGAACAUUUCCGAGCUCAGGAGAGAGGUGGAGGAGCUGCGGAACAGCCUGCAGUGCUUGGCUGCCGAAAUCGUCGGUGAAGUCAGGUCCCAUCUGGAAGAAACCCAGAAAGUAACUCGGAGGAGGCGGUUCCCAUUUCCUAGAGAAAGAAGCGAUUCCACAGGCUCCAGCUCGGUGUAUUUCCCCGCCAGCUCGGGAGCAGCCAACACGGACGAUGGAGAAAGUGAAGGAGGGUACAGCACAGCCAACGCUGAGUCCGAUUACGACCGGGAGUCCGAGAGAGAGAGCGAUGAAGGGGAAGACGAAGUGAGCUGUGAAACAGUGAAAACCGUGCGACGGGAUUCCCUGGAUCUUGUCAACGAGGACGAAACACCUUUAAUCUUUGAUUCCUUGCUGGAGGAAGGGCUGAGCCAGCUCCUGCAGCAGGCGGACCGCUUGCACGAUGGCAACGAGCAGGAGAAGAGAGAGGGGUUCCAGCUGCUGCUGAAUAACAAACUGGCGUACGCAGACCAGAAAGACUUUCUUUGGCGCCUGGCCCGAGCACAUAGUGAUAUGUGUGAAAUCACGGAAGACACGGAGGAGAAGAGAUCGUACGCAUCUGAUGGGAAAGGGGAGAUAGAACUUGCCUUACAGAAGUGGGAUCGAAGUGCUGAGUGCCAUCAGUGGUACGCCAUUCUGUGCGGGCAGUUAUCGGAGCACGAGAGCAUCCAGAAGCGCAUUCAGACUGGAUAUGUGUUCAAGGAACACAUCGAUAAAGCAAUUGAACUGAAACCCGAGGAUCCAAAGUCUUACUAUCUUCUGGGCAGGUGGUGUUACCAGGUUUCCCACCUGGGAUGGCUCGAGAAGAAGACUGCUGCUGCGUUGUUUGAAGCCCCCCCGACCGCCACUGUGCAGGACGCACUGCAGAACUUCUUACGGGUCGAGGAACUGAGCCCAGGGUUUUCCAAAGCAGGGAGAGUAUACAUUGCCAAGUGUUACAGGGACCUGGGGAACAACUCUGCAGCUCUUCACUGGAUGAAUCUCGCUUCCGAGCUGACAGUUCAUACAAAAGAGGAUGCUGAAAGUGAGAGAGAACUUGAAGAGAUGCAGUCGGUCCAGGAAGAAUAA